AUGGCCGCGGACGAGCAGGAGGAGGAGGAGGAGGAGGAGGAGGAGGAGGAGGCAGGAAGGCUCCGAGGGCAGCCGGCCCCCCAGACCCUCGGCCUCGCUGGUGCCCAGACCCCCCAGCUCCUUGUGGAGCCCCCCUGGAGGCCGGCAGUGCUGUGGGACCGGGUGACACUGACCUGCCAGGGCUCGGGGACCACCGGUGCCACCACCUGGUACAGGGACAGGAAGCGAUGGGGACAGCAGGGAGGAGACCAAGUCACUGUCACUGAGAGUGGCACCUACAGGUGUCACAGACCUGGCACCGGGCUCAGCUCCCCUGUGACUGUCUCAAAUGACCGGCUGGUGCUGCAGGUGCCGGCGCGGGCGCUGCUGGAGGGGGACACGCUGACACUGCGCUGCCGGGGCUGGAAGAACUACACUGUCACCUCGGUGUCCUUCUACCAUGAGGAGAAGGAACUGGGGUGGUUCCGUGAGCAGACCGAGCUGCCCCUGUCCCCUCUGCAGCUGCACCACAGCGGCCGCUACAGCUGCAAGGGCUGGAUGCGAUACUGGGGUUGGGAGUCAGCACCGGUGACAGUGACAGUGCAGGAGCUCUUCUCGGUGCCGGUGCUGGAGGGUCCCCCCGCGCCCACCGAGGGUUCAACCCUGGCUCUCAGCUGCCUCAGCACCCCCAGCCCCCUGCGGCCCCGAGCCCCCCUCCUGCACGUGUUCUACCGGGACGGGCAGGUGGUGGGGGGCCCGCAGGGGACCCCGCAGCUGCUGCUGCCCAAAGUGGGGGUCUCCCUCUCGGGGAAUUACAGCUGCGAGGUGCGCUCCGAGGGAGGGGCCGUGCGGAAGAGCAGCGCCCGGCUCCGCGUCACGGUGCGCAGGGUCCCGCCCUCGGGGGUGUCCCUGUUGGCGCAGCCCCCCGGGGCACAGGUGGCACUUGGGGACCGCCUGGUGCUGAGCUGCGUGGUGGACAAGGGGACAGGUCCCCUGUCCUUCUCCUGGCACCGGGAGGGCUCGGGGGCACCGCUGGGCACCGGGCCCCGCCUGGAGCUGUGGCACGUUGGGGACAAUGACAGCGGCCAGUACCGGUGCCGGGUCAGCAACGGGGAGAGCGUGGCCGAGAGUGACCCCCUGAAUGUCACCGUGCUGGUGCCCGUGGCCAAUGCCACCAUCACCCCCGGUCCCCUGGCACACCAGGUGCGCGCAGGUGAUCCCGUGACCCUGCGCUGCUCGGUGCAGGUGGGCUCAGCCCCUGUCACCUUCACCUGGCUGCUCAACGGGCAGGAGGUGGCCCGGGGUCCCCUCCUGGAGUUUGAGGACGUCGAGGUGGCACAUUCGGGCACCUACCAGUGCGUGGCCACCAACCAGCUGGGACAGGACGGGCACCGCGUGUUCCAUGCUCUCAGUAUGGAGCUGGCCCUGGAGGUGACAGCGUGGGGACACGGGGACGCAGUGGCCGCGGGGGUCGGCGGCUCCCUCCUGGCCCUGGCGCUGCUCGCGGGAUCCAUCGUGGGCUGGCAGCGGUGCCACCGCCGGGCCCCCAGGACGCCCCGGGACAGGGUCCCCGCGGUGCCCCCCGAGGGGGGGGAGGUGCUCUACACGCGUGUGGUGCCCACGGCCCGGCCGGAGGGGUCCCCAAGUGCCACCCCCGAGGACCCCCAGGUGACGUACGCGGAGCUGCCGGGCCCGCGGUGGCACCCGGGGGACAGCGGGGACUACGAGAACGUGCUGUGA